AUGAGUGUUCAACGAUUGCAAUUUGAGUGAGUUUUUUUUUUGAAUUUUUUAAAUUUAUGCCAAUUUUUUUGCAGAACGAAAUAUGACCUCGAAUAUAUAAUGGAGAACAAUGCUCAAAAUGAUCAAGUUAUGGAGUAUAAAAGAUUGAUACAGAUUUGCGUUGAGUCAUCAUUCCGGGAUAAAGUGAGUUAUAUGCAAAUCACGCCCAGCUUUGUGAAAAUUAUUUUUUGAAAUUGGCCUAAUAUAAGCAGAAAAUUGCUUGUUUUCAAUUAAAAAAUAAAAAUGUGAUUUUGCGAGUUCCAAAAUUGCAGCCGUGCAAAAUGGGCGUCGUGUGGAUAUGUACAUUGAUUUUUUGAAACUUUUAAUCAAAAUGUGGAAAGAAUUAUGCAUUUUCCACCAAAAAAAAACAAGUAAAAUAAUGAAAAUGAAAACAAUUUUGACGUGUAUUGCAGCGCGAAAAAAUGUUUUCAUUACUUUUUCUCGCUUUCUCUUCAAAUUUGCAAUCACAUUUUUGACCAAUAAUAUGUACCGUAUUAGCCUAUAAUAAGCCAAAAUUCAAAAUAGGUCAAUAAUAGACUAAUAAUAAGCUGAUCUGUAAUUGCCUGCGAUGCUUGUUUUGCAAACGCUGUGCAGUUUUUUUGUACCGAUAAUCUUAACAAGGGAAGUGCAUGAGGCCAGGAACUUUUUCUAAAACUUGAUAUCGAUUCGACAAUCGAAAAUGUUUAACAGAAAAUAAAUGUCGUCUGGUGGGGUCGAACCCUGGUGAAUUUUCUUUGUGGCUAUUUUUGAAAACAGAUUCGAGAUCAGAGGGUUCGAUUCUAUAGGUGUACCAAUUUUAGGAAAAGUUCAACCUAACCUCAUGUAUUUUCCUAGUAAGCUACAGAUGUGUGGCAGACUUGCAGCAACUCGGGCUUAUUUUGCGAGUUACGAUUAAAAGUUUUAUUUUCUAAAUCAACAAAUUUCAGAUGAUGGAAAAUAUGAGGAUUUAUUCUCUAGCAAGAAAAAAUUGGCAGAUGCUAUGGUAGCACUAAAAUUGCUAUGGACACCAAAAUGCCCGAAAUGUUCCAAACCAAUGGUUUUGUAUUUCAGCUCGGCGGAUACGAAAUCACAAGUACGUUUCCAGAAGGUUGUUGAAAAAAACAAUCAAACAAAAAUUAAAAUUUCUGAAAAUUGAAAUUUAUAAGGAAAUUGUAUUAACUUUCACUCGAGAUUUUCUGAAAAAUGUUCAUUCGACUCAAAAUUAGACGGGGAAUUAUUUGAAAACAUUGCGUAAAUGUGCAUUAAAAGCUGAAAAUUUGAAUUAAAAGUUUUUUUUUCCAAAAAAAAAAAUCAACUCACAAGGGAAGUCAAAUACUUUUUUCAGUUUCGUUGUCCGCUAGAUAAGAAAACGGCCGGUGUAAGAAACAACAGUUUUUUCAAUAAUCGGAAAACACUCGAAUUCUCGAUUCGACUGAUUUGGCUGUUGGCCCGUAAAGUAGCAGCGAAAAAAAUCGUACGGCUCGCGGAUACCUGUGAAAAGACUGUAAAGUCCUUCGCGUUUAAGUUUGCCUAGUGAGUUGAAUGAACAAAUACAACUAAUUGAUUCCCAACUUUUUUUUCAGCGAACUUCCGCAACAUUGGUCCGCAUCGGAAAGAUUUGAUUUAAUCAUCGAUCGAACAAUCAAAAAAUCACACUUUGAUUGA